GAUAGAUUUUUCUCUCUCAGAAAGUCGAUUGCUGCCUCCCUCACACACACUUUUCUUCAGUUUGGAGGCUCAAGGAGCUGUUUUCGGCUUCAAUAAGUGCGGGAAUUUAAGACAAUCAUGGCUGAAACAGCUAAAAAAUCAAAGAUCUCCUCCUCUCGAAGGCUGGGGUUGAAGAUUAGACUUUUGACCGUCGCUGCUCAGAUGCUGCAGGAGGAGACGGAGCAGAAGAUAAAGGAGAGAGAAGCUGCUCUGGGAGAACGAGUUCCUCCUCUAAAUAUUUCUGGUCUGCCUUUGCAAGAGCUUCUGGAUCUUUGCAAAGACUUACACCACAAGAUUGAUGUUGUGGAUGAGGAAUGGUAUGAUAUCGGUCUUAAGGUGUCCAAAAACGCCAAGGAGAUUGAGAACAUGAACUUGAAGAUUAUUGAGAUCCAGAGUAAGUUCAAGAAGCCGACCCUGAAGAGAGUGAAGAUCUCAGCUGAAGCCAUGCUGAGCGUCCUGCUGGGCUCCAAACACAAGGAGUCCAUCGACUUCAAGGCCAACCUCAAAACGGUCAAGAAGGAAGAGGAGAAGAAGGAGGCGGUGACUGACUGGCGUAAGAACGUGGAGUCCAUGUCUGGUAUGGAGGGCAGGAAGAAGCUGUUUGACGCCUAAAGAACUAAAGAAACAUUUACUUUUGUUUAAGAGAUCAUCUUAUUAUAACAAAUUCUUAAUGUUACUUACUGUCUUACCUAUAUUAUACAGUAUUGAUGUAUGGAUUGCAAAUACUCUAAAAAAUCAGCACAGUCUUGCUUUGUAGUAAUCUUGUAGAAAUAAAGGAAAGCAACAGAUGUUUAUUUAAAGACGGAUUACAAGUGGACUUUAAAUUAUGUUUUAAAUUGAAAAAUCUUAUCUUUUUUUUGUCAUUAACUGCUUUGUAUUAGACUGUUUGCAGUAGUUCUCCUCAGCAGCCUUGUGAUGGCAGCAUCACUCUUUCAAACCAUCACUCAGACACUAGUGGACCUACAGUAUAAUAUGUUGUUUGUCCCUCGUAAAUUAUCGACUGCUAAUGUGUUAUCUGCUGUAAUAAAUUGCCAUCUAGCUUGUUAAUGUGGUGAAAGUGUGUUCAUAUUUGGUUUAUGUACUUGAUACAAAGAUAAACGAACG